AUGUCGAGCUCCGCCGUCUCCGAGAUGGAGGACGGGGGUGGAAGCGCUCCUUUACUCCCAUCGCAAACUGAAGCCCACCCCCAAGAGGACACUCGGCCUACAAGCAAAAAGGAACUAGCAGGCUGGUACUGCUAUGGAUGGGCAGCUGAAGUUUUCGUCGUGUGUGCCAUGGGCUCCUUUCUUCCCCUUGCACUCGAACAAAUGACUAGAGACCAAGGAGUGUUGGUCUCCGACAAGACUACUCCCUGUACUUCGACAUGGAAGCACACCAAUGCCACCGCUAACGCCACAACAGCUGUCUCUGCGCUUAAUGCAGUGCCUGCGAGCAACCAGUGUCUGGUCUACGUCCUAGGAUUUGAAGUCAACACCGCCAGCUUUGCCAUGUAUACCUUCUCAGCCAGCGUCUUGAUCCAAUCUCUCAUCAUUAUAUCCAUUUCAGCAGCUGCAGAUCAUGGUGCCUACCGCAAGACUUUCCUGCUUAUAUUCGCUAUAGUAGGAUCUAUUGCCAUGAUGCUCUUCUUCCCACUCUCCUCACGCUUAUACAUGCUGGCUGCCUUCCUAGCUGUUGUUGCCAAUACCGGCUUUGGCGGAUCCUUUGUACUCCUGAAUUCCUUCCUACCGCUCCUUGUUCGUAACCAUCCAUCCAUCCGAGGGUACAAGGCAGACGCGCCUGCUUACUCUGACUCUAGCCCAGAAGUCCAUGGAGACUUGUCAGCAUCCACAGAGCAACAUUCUUCUCAGGGAGACACUACACAGAGUGCGCCGGCUGCGCCAUCAGUCUCGGCAGCCUUAGAAUUGUCAUCCAAAAUAUCUUCCAACGGAAUUGGAAUUGGGUAUACAGCUGCUGUACUGGUUCAGAUUUGCUGUAUCCUUCUGGUCCUAGCCACUAACUCUACGACUUUCUCUCUCCGGCUUGUCCUGUUCCUGAUUGGACUCUGGUGGUUUAUAUUCACCAUCCCAGCUGGCUUAUGGCUGCGUCCUAGACCCGGCCCUCCGCUCCCGGAGCAUGUCACAAGAAAGGACAGCAGCUGGCCAUGGGUUGACUACGUCUUAUUUGCAUGGAAGUCCUUGGGCAGGACAGCCAUGAGAGCUCGUCGAUUAAAAGAUGUUGUCUUAUUUUUGGCCGCCUGGUUCUUACUAUCCGAUGGAAUUGCAACUGUCAGUGGUACUGCAGUCUUAUUUGCGAAGACUCAGCUUAAAAUGGAACUAGCUGCUCUAGGUAUGAUUAACGUCAUCACUAUGAUCUCAGGUGUCUGUGGUGCAUUUUACUGGAGCUACGUCUCUCGCCUCAUGGGACUUCGCCCUUCACAGACCAUCAUUGCCUGCAUUUGUAUAUUUGAGAUUAUACCUCUAUAUGGUCUCCUAGGCUUCUUCCCUCCCAUUCGAAGACUGGGUGUUCUCGGCCUCCAGCAACCCUGGGAAAUGUACCCCCUUGGUGCCAUUUACGGACUCGUCAUAGGUGGCCUCUCUUCCUACUGCCGCAGUUUCUUCGGCGAACUUAUCCCCCACGGCUUUGAGGCUUCGUUUUACGCACUUUACGCUAUCACAGAUAAAGGCUCAAGCUUCUUCGGUCCUGCCAUCGUAGGAGCCAUUACUGACCGAUACGGAGAAAUUCGUCCAGCGUUUUUCUUCCUAGCUCUGCUCGUCAUAAUACCAUUGCCGCUUAUGAUGCUCGUGGAUGCAGAGCGAGGGAAGCGAGACGCCGAUUUGCUCGUUAAGGAGUUAGAAGGGUCCCCUGAUAGCGAUGUUUAUGAAGGGCAGGCUCACGAUACUGCAGCGGAGAGAAGAGAAUAG